AAGUAUAGCCGGCUAGGCCGGCUUAUGAAGAUGUGGUUUUGGAUAUUUGCUUGAGAAGAAGGGAAGGUCCAACGUCCAACUCCUCCCUUUGCGGUCAAUUUCUUGAAGGGAUAGGCUUUUUCAUCUGCAUCUUCAAUUCUCUCUCUCAAAACUCUCUUUGUGUUUGCCUUACAAUAAUAUUAUAAAACCCCAUAGCUUCUGGUUGUUUAUUUGUGUUUUGUGAGCGUGUUUUCAGUAAUUGUUCACUUUGGCAAUUACAAGAACCUCUAAACAUACUUUCAAAAAAUAAAACCUCAAAAUAAUGGAGGGUUAUGAGGAACAGCUUCUUCCAGGAGGAGAACAGCUCUCCCUUUCUCAACCUGACCCUUUUGUCAUUGAGCUUAAUCGUCUGCAGAAUCUUCAUAAAGAGAAAGACAGAGAGUUGGGGGCUGCUCAUGCAGAAAUUAAAGCUUUGAGAACAACAGAAGUUUCAAAGGAUAGGGCUAUAGAAGAGCUCGGGAAUGACGUUAAUAAACUGGAUCAGAAAAUUAGAGACACUGAAAAUCUUCUAGAGCAUAAGAAUCUUGAAAUCAAGAAACUCACUAAUGAAAAGAAAGAUGCAUUAGCUGCACAGUAUGCUGCAGAAUCAACUCUUAGAAGGCUGCAUGCAAAUCUAAAGGAUGAUGAUUCUCUUCCUAUUGAGUCUUUCAUUGCUCCUCUUGAGGCGGAGAUUAAGAUAUAUAAAAGUGAGAUUGCAGCAUUGCACGAGGAUAAGAAGGCAAUGGAACGCCUCAACAAGUCAAAAGAGUCAGCUCUGCUUGAAGCAGAACGGAUCCUGCGAAGUGCUUUAGAAAGGGCUUUGAUGGUAGAGGAGGUUCAAAACCAAAACUAUGAGUUGAAGAGACAGAUAGAAAUCUGCCAGGAAGAGAACAGAAUUCUGGAGAAAACAAAUCGCCAAAAAGUUUUGGAGGUUGAAAGGCUCAGCCAAACCAUUCAAGAGCUUGAAGAGGCAAUCUUAGCUGGUGGGGUUGCAGCUAAUACUAUCCGUGACUAUAAGCGACAAAUUUCUGAAAUAAAUGAGGAGAAAAGGUUGCUGGAGAGGGAGCUAGCCAGAGCAAAAGUUUCAGCAAACCGAGUAGCGACUGUAGUAGCUAAUGAGUGGAAGGAUGAAAAUGACAAGGUCAUGCCUGUAAAGCAAUGGCUGGAAGAGAGAAGGCUGCUGCAGGCUGAGAUGCAACGACUAAGAGACAAGCUAGUUAUAGCAGAGAGAACAGCCAAGGCAGAAGAACAGCUCAAGGACAAGUUGAUGCUAAGGCUAAAGACACUAGAAGAAGGCUUAAAGCAUGUAUCAAGCUUCUCUAUCAAUUCCCCUAAGCCAGCGAAAACAAGUAACAUUCUAGGAUUUCUAUCAAGUAAUGGAGGACUAAGGAAGAGGUCUUCCUCGCAGCCAAGGGCUUCCACCAUCAGUAGAAGUACUCCUUUGCAGCAGCCAAACAUAGAAAACGAAAAUGCCAAUGCUGCCAGAAAGCUGAAACGAGCUGAUAGCUUCAAAAAGAAAUAUUGUUCUGCAGAAAACAAAUUGAGAAAUAGUCUGUGGGCAUCUAGAAGUAAGGUUACUGACAGCAAUGGCAAGGAAAACGCAGAACUGAUGGCAAAUACAGAUGCAAAUAUCGACAAGUAUGAGAAAGAUGAGACAACAAUUUCAACAGAAAUGAAAAACAAAGCUGGUGGCAAUGAGGACUUACAUUGUAUGGGAACUAAAAAUCCUGAAUGUGAAGAUGUAGUUUCAGGGUUUCUGUAUGACAGACUUCAAAAGGAGGUCAUAAAUCUAAGGAAGUCUUGUGAGGCUAACGACAGUAUCUUGGAUGCUAAAGAUCAAGAAAUUCAGAUGCUCAUGAAGAGGGUUAGUGCACUGAACAAAGCCAUUGAAGUAGAGUCGAAGAAAGUGAAGAGAGAAACUGCAGCCAGAGAGAAGGAAGCUGUAUCAGCAAAAGUCGAUCACACCAAAAAGUUUGGGAGUAUGAACUCCACUAGAAGGUAAAUGCAAGUUUCUCGAAGAAUUCUUCGAUCUGAUUGACUUGAAAUCUACCUGAAAUUCAUUUCAUUCUUCAACCUUGUGUUUUGAUUUUUCAAUGUAAACCCGGGACUGCUUCACUGAUGAUAGAUAGUUGAAAUAAAGCUCAGAUUAAAAGCGAAAGCAGUCUGACCUUAUUACCUGAUAGGAUGAAGCUGAAAUGUGAUCAUUUCUGCUUUGAGAUUUACAAGGAUGAUUUCCAAUUUGGUUUGGUUUGUGUAUAUGAAUAAAUAGCAAUACAGGAUUUUCUGAAAAAUGGAAACAAAAUGUUCUACUCAGUGAGGAAUAUGUACAGAAACAGUUUUAUACAAAUAAAAGUCAGCGAGAUAUAUUGGAAAA